GACGCGGUGGCGAGAGCUGCGGGUGCGCGCUGUGCGGGGUGAAUGCCAUUGGCCGGGGCUGUGCGUGGGCUCGCGGCGGCAGGCUGACCCGCAGCUCCAGAGCCCGGGCGCUCGGGGAAGGCAGAGCGGGGACCCCCGGGCGCUUUGGGGGGCGGGUUGUGCGUAGCGGGCAGCGGCAGCGUUCGCCCCCUGUUCCCGGCCCUGAGGGGAGGCUGCCCCGUCCCCGGGGGGCGCCCAGGCAGGCACCAUGCCGCUGCCGCUCUGCACGCUCUCCAGCCAAGGCCUUCCUGUGAGUCAGGCUGGGAGGAAUGAGGGCUUGAAGUCUUACAGUGACAUGUGAUUAUGUCACCUGAACUGGAAUCCAUCUUUAACCUGGUGCUUUUCCAUUGAGAAGGAGGGGUAGGAACCCAGAGAAGGACAAAGGAUUCCUGCCUUAUGCAAAAGAUAUAUAAGUGGGUGGAACAGAACAAAAGAGGGCUGCAAUCAUGAGAAAUCCCCUAGCUACCACCUGAGCUGGAACAAGGGCUGUACCAGGGGAAAGAAUUGUGCCCAGACUAAGAAGGCGGCCAGUCUGUGAUAGAAACUUAUUGAAACAUCUCUGAGGCACAUCAUUGUUUGCGUGCUUUAAAGUCAGUAAAGAAAGACAUUCUACCGCCUUUGUGUAUUGCAAGAUGGGCUUCUACUUCCUCUGUGCCUCGAAUCACUACACACUAUACUAUUCAUUCUCGGAACAAAGACAAACGAUGGGAAGGGGUGAACAUGGAAAGAUUUGCAGAAGAAGCUGAUGUUGUUAUAGUUGGAGCAGGCCCUGCGGGUCUUUCUGCAGCUAUUCGACUUAAACAGUUAGCCAAUGAGUAUGGCAAAGAAGUUCGUGUUUGCUUGGUGGAGAAAGCUGCUCAGAUCGGUGCACAUACACUUUCUGGUGCUUGUCUUGAGCCACGAGCUUUGGAAGAACUCUUACCGGACUGGAAGGAGCGAGGGGCUCCACUUCAGACUCCAGUAACUGAAGACAAAUUUGGGAUUUUAACAAAGAAUUCCAGAAUUCCAGUGCCAAUUCUUCCAGGCCUUCCAAUGACUAAUCAUGGGAAUUAUAUAGUGCGCCUGGGGCACUUUGUGAAUUGGCUGGGUGAGCAAGCAGAAGCUUUGGGUGUUGAGGUGUAUCCAGGCUAUGCAGCAGCUGAGGUUCUUUUUCAUGAAGAUGGCAGUGUGAAAGGGAUUGCCACUAAUGAUGUAGGCAUUCAAAAGGAUGGAGCACCUAAAGCUAUCUUUGAAAGAGGUUUGGAGCUACAUGCCAAAGUCACGUUCUUUGCAGAAGGUUGUCAUGGACAUCUUGCCAAACAAUUGUACAACAGAUACAAUCUAAGGGAGAAAUGUCAACCCCAGAGCUAUGGUAUCGGACUGAAAGAGUUGUGGCUUAUUGAUGAAAAGAAAUGGAAACCAGGAAGAGUAGAACACACUGUGGGCUGGCCCUUGGACAGACAUACAUAUGGAGGAUCAUUUCUUUAUCAUUUAAAUGAAGGUGAACCAUUGGUAGCUCUUGGGUUUGUGGUUGGUUUAGAUUAUCAAAAUCCCUAUUUGAGCCCAUUUAAAGAGUUCCAGAGAUGGAAGCAUCAUCCCAGUGUGGAGCCCACUUUUGAGGGUGGAAAAAGGAUUGGCUAUGGUGCUAGAGCCUUGAAUGAAGGUGGUUUCCAGUCUAUACCCAAACUCACUUUCCCUGGUGGAGUAUUAAUUGGUUGCAGUCCUGGUUUCAUGAAUGUUCCUAAAAUCAAAGGUACACACACUGCAAUGAAAAGUGGCAUGUUGGCUUCAGAAGCUGUUUUCAACCAACUAACUAAUGAGAACCUCCAAUCGAAGACAAUAGGACUUGAUGUGCCUGAAUAUGAAGAAAACUUGAAGAAAUCCUGGGUGUGGAAAGAGCUCUAUUCUGUUAGGAAUAUCCGACCUUCCUGCCAUGGAGUACUGGGUGUCUAUGGAGGAAUGAUUUAUACUGGUAUAUUUUAUUGGAUACUGAGAGGAAUGGAACCAUGGACAUUAAAACAUCCAGGGCCAGACUCUGAUCAACUAAAGCCAGCCAAAGAUUGUACUCCUAUUGAAUAUCCAAAGCCUGAUGGAAAAAUCAGUUUUGAUCUCCUGUCCUCUGUGGCUCUAAGUGGGACAAAUCAUGAACAUGACCAGCCUCCUCAUUUGACUCUGAAGGAUGACAGUGUCCCUGUGAACAAAAAUUUAGCUAUAUACGAUGGGCCAGAACAGAGAUUCUGUCCUGCAGGUGUUUAUGAAUAUGUUCCCCUGGAAACAGGAGAAGGGUUACGGUUGCAGAUAAAUGCUCAGAAUUGUGUCCACUGCAAAACAUGUGAUAUUAAAGACCCAAGCCAGAAUAUUAACUGGGUAGUACCUGAAGGGGGAGGAGGGCCAGCUUAUAAUGGAAUGUAAAUUUGAUCAAAACUAUCCAGUGUACUUCCUGGACACGUCAUAACCUCACACAAAUAUAUGCUAUGGUGUAACUAAGCCUAUUACUGAGUGAACGUUAAUUGGGUGAGGUUACUGAGCCAGCUGAAUUUCAUACCACUAUGUGGUAAGAAAUUUCAUUAACCACUAUGUUAAAUAGUGAAUGCACAGUCAAGGCAGUCAGACAGAUCUUAGCCUUAGUUAUGAAAGAAUAUGCCUUUUUACUGGAUCAAAGACGGUGGUGCAGCUUUCCCAAGUGCUGUUUUCUGUGACUUACAACUUGAUGUUAGAUCUCUUGCCAAAGUUCAGUGGAAACACCCUGAACCACAGCUGUAAAAAUAUGGUGAAUUCAUGUUUUCUGCUCCUUCCUACCAUGUUCUAUCAAUGCAAUUUUGGUUAAUUUUCAGUUGCAUUAGGGAAAAUGAGUCAAGCAAGGGAAUACUGUAUCACUGCUUUCAAAGGUUACAUUAAGUAGACAGGCAAAUAUUUAGCAAGCUUCCUGUUUCAAAGGAAGAAACUUUUAAUAAAGCUAGUUUGCCAUAAAACGU